CUGGUCCUGCCCGAGAUGGUCCAGCCCGGAAGUGCUGUCGGGGACUGCGGCUGCGCCUCUCUGGAAAGGGCAGGCGUCCCGGGGCCGGGCACUUCCGCACUUCCGCUUUCCGGCCCAGACAGCGCCCGCGAUGACUGCCACUCUCCGCCCCUACCUUAGUGCCGUGCGGGCCACACUGCAGGCCGCCCUCUGCCUGGAGAACUUCUCUUCCCAGGUCGUGGAACGACACAACAAGCCAGAGGUUGAAGUCAGGAGUAGCAAAGAACUCCUAUUGCAACCUGUUACCAUCAGCAGGAAUGAGAAGGAAAAGGUUCUGAUUGAAGGCUCCAUCAAUUCUGUCCGGGUCAGCAUUGCUGUGAAACAGGCUGAUGAGAUUGAGAAGAUUUUAUGCCAUAAAUUCAUGCGCUUCAUGAUGAUGCGAGCAGAGAACUUCUUUAUCCUUCGAAGGAAACCUGUGGAGGGUUAUGACAUCAGCUUUCUCAUCACCAACUUCCAUACGGAGCAGAUGUACAAACACAAACUGGUGGACUUUGUAAUCCACUUCAUGGAGGAGAUCGACAAGGAGAUCAGUGAGAUGAAACUGUCAGUCAAUGCCCGGGCUCGUAUCGUGGCUGAGGAGUUCCUCAAGAACGUGAGUUGGGCCUCCCUCCCCUCUUGAUGCCAGGGGUGGGUUUUGUGAUGGCACUCGAAAGAUAGUCCUAAGUCUCUUCAGACCCAGAGAAUGACUAGCCAAGAUCUUUGAAGCACAAGGCCAAAGAUUUCACCCUUGAGAGCCACAAGGCAUUUUCUAUUUCUCCAAGACUGGGAGGCAAGUCACCGAUGGAAAUUCCAGUUCUACACAGUCUUUACCUGUCCUAGUUCAAAGCCCCAAGUGAGGAAGAUAGAGUGCUUUGUGAAUCUUCUGAGACCAGAAGACAGCCCACUUCUCGAACAGACUUAAAUAUUUUUCUUCAGUGUCUGUUUUCAGGCUCGUUACUAUGGUUUCUUCAACAUGUUUCCCAUUACUCAUGGUUGUGGCCAUCUAACUGAAAGGCCUGGAGUGCUCAGAAGAGGUGGAUUGUUUACUCUGUGGAGCUGGUAGCAUCGUUUUGUCUAGAGAUUCAGCACAUACUCCUGCCUUCCUUACAGUCUCCGGUUUGGUUUGUUGAUGCAUUCCACUCAGGGCUGUCCGAUCCCUCCAUGGUAGAGUUAGUGUUUAUCCCUACUGGUGCAUACAGAGCCAGCCCAUGGGAGCUCAGAAACCUAAAAGUGGAAAUGACACCCACUUCCCCUGGGGUUUAAUUAUCCUGUGGGUGGCCAGCACACAAAGCAGUGUUGUUUAUACUCAUAAAUCAGACCAAGUGAGGGCCUGGCUCCUCUGCCUCCUCCAGGCAUGUCAACGAAGUGCUCAGCUAAGCCUGGUUUCCUCAGCUGUGGCCUGAGUGCUGUUCAUAUGCACCUUUCAGGGAGUUGAGCAUUAAGAUCACAGAGUGCUUAGUACACUCCAGGUAUGGAAACAAACGCCACAGUUCCAGGACAGAUCAUAAAGACUCUCUAGGUUCAUUUGACCAAAGGGAAUUGUCCCAAUCUAGUAUUUAACUUAAUUACUUGAUCACUUAUAAUUUGUAUGCAUGAGGAGAGACAGACAGGCCAUGGAUCCCAGAACAGGGCCAGUAUCCAGUCUCCCGAAGCUGGAGCUAUGGGAGGUAACUGGCGAUCAUGCUGGCCGCUGACCUCCAGGGGGAGCUGUGUUCACUAAGCUGUUUUCCCAGCCCCUAGAAGUUAAUAUUUAUUGUCCAAGGCUCUGGAAGUGAAGCUGCCUGUGCAGCGUCCACCUAGUAACUGGGAGGAGAGGAAUAUGAAGCGGGGUUUCUGGUUUAAGCAUCUACAGUAGGGCGACUGGUGGUGCUGCGGUGUCAGCAGGCAGUGUGUGUGGCUGAGGGGCUUUGUGGAACAUGGUAACGCUUGCCUCUGACAAGGGUUGCCACCAGGCAGCUGCAGCCUGCUACUGCACCAUUGUCCUGCUUCUUCUUCUGGAGCUUGGAGUUGAACGGAACUGAGGGCUUUGCUUGUUCUGCCCAAACCCUGGUCUCUGUCUCCAGCUUGCUUUUUAUUUAUAUUUUGAGUUCAAAUCUCACUGUGUAGUCCCAGGAGUCUUGGAAUUUGCACUCAUCCGGCCUCAACCUCUGUAGUAGCUGGGAUUGCAGGCUUAUAUAACCAGGCCAGAACAAAUUGUUCUGAACCCCCAAUUUGGAUUUGUAGUAGCAUCUGUUGUCUUCAAAGUCAUAAACAAUUCAUAGCUUUGAACAUCAUGUGGCCCAGGCUUGGGCUGUGCUCAGUCAUUGAGCAGGGUCUGGUUUAUAGUACCCAGGAUUGUCCUUGGCACACUGCGGCUACCUGAAGCAAAAAGCAUUUUCUUCCUGUCUCUUCCCUUCCCCAUUUUUCCCUCUCUUUUGAUCUUUCUGGGAGGAAGGCAGAGAAACAGGUAGCCUCUGCUGCCCCUGAAUUCACUGUGGCUGAGUGUGGCCUUGAACCUCCUGAUACUUGUGCCUCCACUUUCCUGAGUGCUAAGAUUGUGAAUGUGUGCAGCCGUGGGGGUCAGACAGCUCUUCUAAGGCCUAUUCUGGUUUGACAAUCACCCAAAGCUUAACAUAGGAUAACAUAAGGAUAACAUAAAACCUUGUCCUUCUCUCCUUGGCUCCCUGAGCCCUCCAGCCCCUCACACAUGGGCCUGUAUCUAAAGCAGCUUCAGUUGCUAAGCAGGCUACAGGGAAGUCCUCAUUUUUUCUGCUUUGUUUAAUUUGUGUGUCAGUAUCUUCAGAUCAUUGCUAAUGUCUGGCCAGAUUAAGAGCGUGUUUGUGGGACUGUAGAGAUGAUUGGGUGGUUAAGAGCACAUGUUGCUCUUUUUGGGGAACCUGGGUUUGGUUCCCAGUAUUCACAUGAAGGUUCACAAAGAAAGAGUAUGUUCAUGAAGUGCCAAAGGCUGAUCUGGCUCUCAGAGACCUGAACAGCAGCAGCUCCCCAGGACACAGUAACCCCACUCAUUGCCUGUCAUUCUCUCUGACAGUUUUAGACCAUCUAGCUGGAUCUCGCAGCCUUCCCCCUUGGCCUCCCCUGUGUCUCUGCGUCUGCGAAGGUGUCCUGGAGUCACUCCCCGGAGCAGCGGUGCAGCAGCAGCAGCAGCAGCAGCAGCAGGAAGCUGGGUUGGGUGGGCAUUGGAUGCGGGAGGCGGGUGUGGUGAGCUUGCUGGCUGUGCAGAAAGGCAGCAGUGGACCUGCCCCAUGGCCACAUGCGUCUGGUCUGGCUAGCUUCUGAUGCUCAGUCCCCUGGGCCGGGACAGCCUUUUUUUUUUAAAUGUCUUGAAACCUAAACUCUGUGCUUGUAGAAGACUGUAACCUUUUUUGUCUUUUUUUUUUUUUUUUUUUUAAACCAACCUCCACCUCCAGUGGCUGUGACUGGCCCCAGUGAUUGUACCUUAUUGGUCGCUGUGGUCUGGGCGGGCCUGGAGCCAGAAGGCGACUAUUUUUCCCCAGAGCCACCCCAGGUGGGGAGAGAGGGAAAUUUCAGACUAUAGUUUUUUUUCUUGCUGUCUUACCCACAAGCCCCCUUGGGCCUUGUAGAGGUGGUAUGGACCCUCUGCUAGCUUCUUGAGUUCUGCCUGAAGAUGCCCACUGCACUGGUUGGGAACAAGGGCUGAUUCCAUGAUUGCCGGGCAGGCCUAGGAGCUGGGGUCAGAAGCCAGGCAAACUUCUGGCCGCAGGGACUGCCUGGUGUCCAUCCAACACCCUUCCAGCUGAGAGGCCCCAAGGUUGGCCCAUCUGGGUACAGUGCCUGUGCUGGAGGUGCAGAGGUGAGUCCUGCCUGCUCAGGCCCCUCUGCUCCCAUGCUCGCUGUCUCUGAUUCUGAUCAAUUCCCCCGCCCUAAUUAAAGUCUUUUUCUGCCCCUUUGGGGCUGCAUGA